AGCAGAAAUAUUUUCCUUUUUCAUUAUAAAAGCAAGCGUGAUGGUAAGCAGGCUGCCAACAGGUUCUUCCAAUCGGGAAAUACUUCCCCAAGUCACUCAGCCUUGUCGGCUCAAUCAUCGCAAAUGCAAAUGGCAUUAUCGAGGGCUGCUGUGUAACCCGACCUGGAUGAGGCUAUCGGGUGGCCGUCGGUGGGAUGACUGCAGAGACCAGAGAGGGGAAAAUGUGACUUGCCUUUAAUUACUAAGCAAGGCAGGAAGAGAUGGCAGCUGCGGAGACUCAGCUCUACGCCAAGGUCUCCAACAAGCACAAGGGCCGCGGCACCACCUCACUCCUGGACCCCCUCCUGGGAAUGGGCUUCCCGGCACACACAGCGCUGAAGGCGUUGGCAGCUACGGGAAGAAAGACAGCGGAGGAGGCAUGUGAUUGGCUACGUUGUCAUCGCAACGACCCAUCUCUGGACGACCCCAUCCCCCAGGAGUACGCCCUCUUCCUCUGCCCCACGGGAUCCCUGCUGGAAAAGCUGCAGGAGUUCUGGAGGGAGAGCAAGCGUCAGUGCACAAAGAAUCGAGCCCACGAGGUCUUCCCUCACAUAACGCUCUGUGACUUCUUCACGUGCGAAGACCACAAGGUCGAGUGUCUGUAUGAGGCUCUGAAGAGAGCUGGGGACAGGAUCCUGGGUUCCUUCCCCUCGGUGGUCCCUCUGGUCCUGCACUCUUCCAUCAGCUAUCUGGGCUUCUUCGUGAACGACAGCCCCGCAGACGUCAUCCGGGAACUCGCCCUGACGUUCGCCGCGGAAGCCUCUGUCUUAGCAGACUGCACUGUGAAGCCUUGCACCAAGCAGCUGCAUCUGACCUUGGCCCACAAGUUCUACCCCCACCACCAGAGGACGCUGGAGGAGCUGGCCAGAGCCAUCCACCCGGGUCACAGCUGCCAGUGGACCGCCGCGCUCUACUCCCGAGAUAUGCGCUUUGUACACUACCAGACCCUCAGGGCCCUCUUCCAGUACAAACCUCAGAACGUGGACGAGCUCACACUAAGCCCCGGCGACUACAUCUUCGUGGACCCCACUCAGCAGGAGGAAGCCAGUGAGGGCUGGGUGAUUGGGAUCUCCCAGCGGACGGGCUGCCUGGGCUUCCUGCCUGAGAACUACACAGAGCCAGCCAGCGAGUCUGACACCUGGGUUAAGCACAGGACUUACACCUUCAGCCUGGCCAUGGACCUGAUGUCCAGAAAGGACGGUGAGGCCAGCAGCCGGCGAAACGGGGAACCCCACCCUUCACAGACAUCAAGGGACAUUAGCAGCAUCCAGGCUUUACAGGCCACGAUAGCGAGAAGGAGUGUUUUGGUGCUGCGCCAUGGGGAGAGAGUGGACCAAAUCUUCGGGAAGUCGUGGCUACAGCAGUGCUCCACUCCGGAUGGGAAAUACUACCGGCCAGACCUCAACUUCCCUUACAGUCUGCCCAGAAGGAGAAACGGAAUCAAAGACUUUGAGAACGACCCACCCUUAUCAUCAUGUGGAAUAUUCCAGUCCAGGAUGGCAGGGGAAGCACUACUGGACAGUGGCAUCAGAGUCACCUCCGUCUUCACCUCCCCGGCCCUCCGCUGUGUGCAGACAGCCAGACACAUCCUGGAAGAGCUCAAACUGGAGAAAAGAAUCAAGAUAAGAGUGGAACCCGGGAUCUUCGAGUGGACGAAGUGGGAGUCCGGCAAAACCACCCCGGCUCUCAUGACGCUGGACGAGCUGGAAGAGGCGAAUUUCAACGUCAGCACGGAGUACAGGCCUGCGUUUCCCCUUGCCUCCCUCCUGCCGGCUGAGAGUUACGACGAGUACGUGGAAAGGUGUGCAGUGAGCAUGGGACGGAUUAUUAGCGCCUGCCCGCGGGAUGGGCCUCGGUCCUGCUGGAGAAUGACAGUCGUGUUAGGAGGCAGUGCGAACGGAUCGUUCUGUGUCAGCCGUAGCCCUCCGGGGAAGCCCACCACCAGCCUCCCUCCUGCAGCGGGCGUCAUCCUGAUUGUGAGCCAUGGCUCGGCACUGGACUCCUGCACACGCCCGCUCCUUGGGCUGCCGCCCCGGGACAGUGGAGACUUCGCCCAGUUAGUGAGAAAGGUUCCUUCCCUGGGCAUGUGCUUCUGUGAGGAGAACCGAGAGGAAGGCAAGUGGGAACUGGUGAGCCCUCCCGUGAAGACGCUGACCCACGGCUCGAACUCGGCAUUUAACUGGCGGAACUGGCUCCCAGGCAGCUAGGAGCCGUGCUCCCGUGUCCUCCGUGCCCCCCAUGGGAGGUGUAGACGCACGAGAUGCACUUUUGGACCCCUGGAUGUUGGCCAUCUGCUGUCGCCUGUGCAGCGGCCACCGGUGGACCAUUACCCCACCCAUGCAGCCCUGGUAACAUGUGAACCCACCGCGUGGCCCGGAUGGAAGGAGCCACGGGGACCCACCAUGGACCACUGGAAGGAUGCACCCACUUUGUUUCCUGUGUUCUGAUGCGUCGGGUUCCCCGCCCUGUUCCUAGUUCCAUCCCAGUCACUUUGUGGCUCUGUCCACACAGGCCGAAUGGGGUCUAAUAUUCAAUAAAAUGGAAC